GGUCUGCAGUGUAGGACUGUCAGUGCGCGUAAUAUGGCGUUGUCUUCUCUGCCCCGUGUGGAGCAGUUAUCCUCCCGGGUGAUCCGUGUGUUGGGGUGUAACCCGGGCCCCAUGACACUGCAAGGCACUAACACCUACUUGGUUGGCACCGGGCGGAGGAGAAUCCUUAUAGAUACCGGAGAGCCUUCUGUCCCAGAAUAUAUCAGCAAUUUGAAGCAAGUACUUCAUAAAUCCAGCACAGCAAUCCAGGAAAUAAUAGUGACUCACUGGCACCAUGACCACUCCGGAGGUAUAACCGAUAUAUGCAGAGAUAUCCUCAGUGAGUCUGGUCCCUGCGUCAGUAAACUUCCGAGGAAUCCACACAUAGAAGAGGUCAUCGGCACUGGAGAGCAAAAGUACAAAUAUCUAAAAGAUGGAGAUAUGAUAACCACGGAGGGAGCCACGCUGAAAGUCCUAUAUACACCGGGACAUACAGAUGAUCACAUGGCGCUGGUAUUAAUGGAAGAAAACGCAAUCUUCAGCGGGGACUGUAUUCUCGGAGAAGGAACAGCCGUGUUUGAGGAGCUGUAUGAUUACAUGAAGUCUUUAGAAAGGCUACUAGAUGUCAAGGCUGACAAAAUAUACCCAGGUCAUGGCCCUGUCAUUCAAGAGGCAAGAGCCAAAAUUCGGGAGUAUAUUACUCACAGACAGGCUCGAGAACAGCAAAUUCUUCAGGUUUUAAAGGAGAACUCUGGGAAAUCACUAACUGCCAUGGAGCUUGUUAAAAUUGUAUACAAGGACACUCCAGAAUAUUUACACGCAGCUGCAGAAGUCAACCUUACUCAUCAUUUACAGAAACUGAAGCGAGAAGGAGAAAUAGUACAAGAAGAGGGUCCUUCUGUCCAGUGGAAAAGUAACUUGUAACUGUGAAUUGAGGAAACCUUGUUUAAUCUGAAUGAGAAAUCCAGUGCUUGGGGUGAUCAACGAUUACUGAAUAAGAUACCUUGUGGAAUAUCACUGCAGAACUGUCUCACCC